ACGUAGAUAAUUUGGCUUGUUUUGCUCCCUUUUUCCGAUUAUUUCUUUGCUUGCGCGCGCUCUCUUCACAUAAGCGCAUGCAUGUAUUUGUGUGUUUGUAUGUGUGCGUGCCGUAUGCUCUGCAGCUCUGCGCGCCAGUGCUAGAUUCAAACCAGCUACCAGUCAUACUCAACAGUUCAACUGGGGUUGGACGCCGACAGCAGUUCACUCUGGACUUGGUGCGGUUGAUUGUUGUUGCUCUUGUAGUGAUGUUGCGCUUGCUGUUAUUGCUUGCUCACUACUGCUGCUACUCUCAAUUGGGAUUAGUUGGAUUUGUUUGUGUGCUGCUGUUGAAAGAGCUAGUCGUCCCCCCCCUGUGCUUGCUGCCGCUCAGUCACAGACGCGCUGCCGCAAUUCAUCCACCUCAGCCAUGCGCUCAGCAGCACGCCAACUCGCUUUUACGAUUUUCUUUAAAUACUACUCCGUGGAUGGGCUCUCGCAACAGUCGUCUUUUAUCUGGCCAACGGUUAAGGAAGUAUUGCUUGCGCACUCUGUGAUCGACCGUCGGAUGCAUUUACGAACUUGUUGUUUAACCACCUAACGAAAUAAUACCUAAAUUGCAGCCACAACAAUAACAAAGUGUGUUACAAAAAAAAUGUUAACCAAUUUUUGGUAUACAAUAUAUAUAACAACAGCAGCAAAGUGUGAAAGAUAAGCAAACAUAUUGCUUUGGCUGCCUUCAAUUGCGUCUCCGGCUUACUCCACGCGCGCCCAUCUCUUGUGCUUGUGUGUAACGUCUUUUUGUUAGUGUUUUUUUGUAUGAAAUUUAUCGUCUUGCAGCCAGCCUUCAUUGCGUGCGCGACGCACUGCGCUGCUCUUAGCUGGCGCUGCUCUGCUCUGCACUGAAGCGCAUUCUGUUGAGCUGAGCGCUACUUCAAUCCAACUCAUCGCGCGUCGAAUAUAUCAUUCCGUGUGCGCCCGUGAACGUGGUUACAACCACAGCUCGAAAUAUCGGGUUCGCUCAUCAGUCAGCUUCAGUUUAAGUUCAGUGGCAUGAAAUUUGAAGUGAAGUGGCCAAAAUAAAUGAAAGAAGCGGAAGCAUAUUAGAACUUCAAUAAAAAUAUAAAAAAAAAACAAUAUUUAUUAAGUGCUGUGGAUGCUCACAAAUGAAUAGAAGAAAUUUCUAAAAAUACGGCAAAUAAGACUACGAAUUAAAUUAUUUUAAGACAAAAUAUUUUUUUUUUAAUUUCAAAAUUUGUUUAUAUAAACUGAAAGUGUUUAUCAGCAACUUGUGCGCCGAUGCUGCAAUAAAAUAACAGUUACCAAAACAAAUAAAUUAAAAAAAAAAAUUAAAACUAAGAACAAAAAUAUUAAAUUAAAAAUUGAGAUUGCAUAUUUUAUCAAAAAAAUGUAUAAAUACACUGAAAUUUGAGUAAAUGAAAGUGAAGUUGUGAAACGACCGAACAAAGGAUAACCAAACAAUUGCGAGCUGCUGAAACAGCUAAAAAUACACGCUAACUAUUAGUCAAGAAAAUCUAUAAGAAUAAUCAAAAGCAUAGAAAAACGCAAAAUAUUUAGUGUGAUUUAGCGAAAUUUUAAGUGUGAAACUAAAAUCGAACAAAAAUAUUUUUAUUUACAUCAAACACGCUGGAUUAAAAUCUGCAAUGCAAUUUAAAGCUAAGCGAUCAAAAAGAUUUAUUUCAGUCUCGUCUCGCAUAUCUCAGUUUCUCAACCAAAUAUUUAAACAAACAAAAAGCAACUAAAGAAAUUCUGCUGCAGCAACGAACCAACCAAUCAACUAACCAACGGCACGUGCCUGCAUAUAACGCACACACACACAUCUAAACAUAAACUAAUCAUAUCGAAUAAGAACAACGAAAUGCUCGCCACAGCAGCCGCCAGCACACAACCAGCAUUGGAUGCCAUACAAACGAGCGUCACCAAGAUGGAGCGACGUGACUCAACGACGUCGGAAUCAUCGUUGGAGCACUUGGAUUUGGGACGCACACCAAAGAAGCUCAGCGCACACUCAUCGGCCACAUCUACGCCGCAUACAAACACCAACAUUAGCAACAUAAACAAUAACAGAGCCAACAGCAACGAUGUGCAUGCAAAAGAUGCCAACAAUACAAAUGCCACAACUGCAACUGUUGCCUGUGGUAGCAACAAAACAUUGCUACCACACCAGCAGCGACACAUCAACGACUCCGAUGAGGCGAAUGAUUAUGACGAUGAUGACGAGGAGUCGCCCGACGAACAGUGCAUUGGCAAACAGAAUACGCUCAAUUCGAGAUCACAGCGUCACCAUAAGCGUCGCAGCACAGCGCCACGUCUAGACAAACGGACCAGUGUACAUUUGGAAUUCAAUGCGGACGAUCCCAAUUCGCUGCGCAAGAAGUUUCGUUUUAAUCGCAGCAACUCUGCGUCCGAACAAAUGUCCAGCAAUAAUGAGUCUGGCUUCGUGGACGCCAGCUGUAGUAGUCAUUAUCUGAAUGCCUCGGCAGUGUCAUUGGCGGCGGCAGCAGCGGUGGCAGCAGCAGCAGCGACGGCGACGACGACAGCUGCAAUUAACAUGACGCCGUCACUACUGCAUAGCACAAUGUCUGCAUCAGCGUCGGCAUCGGGCUCAGCUUCGGUUUCGGCGACAGGCUCGCACAGUUCGUCGUCGGCCGCUAGUUCGCCGCGUGGCUGUGGCGCUGGUUUGGCUGCUUCCUCCGCUUCGGUGUCGAGUCCCGAAUCGGGUAUAGGCGAUAGGGAACGCGAGGACAUGAAAUUCGUGUGCACCAUCUGCGAUGUGGUGUCGGCGACGCGACACGAAUUCACAAAUCAUAUACGCUGCCACAAUUACGCCUCCGGGGAUACGGAGAACUACACAUGUGCUAUUUGCUCUAAGGUACUCUCCUCGGCCUCCUCACUGGAUCGGCAUGUGUUGGUGCACACGGGCGAACGUCCAUUCAAUUGCAAAUAUUGUCACCUCACCUUCACCACCAACGGCAACAUGCACCGGCACAUGCGCACACACAAGCAGCAUCAGCACAAUCAUCAUCAUCGCCGCAACUCGAAUGGAACAAAGCAAAGUAGUCACAGUCACAACAAUAACAAUAACAGUGCCGCCGGUAUGCCCACCAACAGUGGCGGAACCGACGCUUUCGCCUCAGCCACCAACACUUAUGCGCAAUUAAGUAAUGGCUUGAUUGGUGAAGGUGUCAAAACAGCAUCAGCCGAGGCCGUAACGAUGACGAACGAUGCCAGUACGGCCGCCACUGCUCAAACGGGUAGUGGCGCCGCCGCCGCCAUCGGUGCAGGUGUUAAUGGUAAACGCUUGCACAGUAGCGGUGUAGAAAGUUGCGAAAGUGACGGCGGUUGCUCAACAGACUCCUCAUCAAGUGCCAUCAGCCAUAGCUCAAAUAAUAAUCAUAGCAACAAAAACAAUAAUAGCGACAAUAUCAACAACAAUGCCACAAAUAAUUGCAAUAACAAUAUGAACGCGAAGCGUAAUCGUUUAGGUAAUUUUAAGCGUAAACUUAGUGAACAACAUGACGAAGGCAACGCGGAUGACGACGCCGACCUGACAACGAUGACGGCGACGAAGCGACGCGUGAAGACCACCAUAAACAAUAAUAAUAUAAUCGGCGAGGAUGUGGAAGAAAUUGAUGCGCGCAUGGGCACUCAUACUAAUGACAGCGCCAUGGUAAUCAACAAAACCAGCGCAUCCUCUUCGGCAUCGGCCAUGUCGGCGGAGGAACGCGAUGUCGGCGAAGAUGACGAUGAGGACGUUGAGCAGAAGCCGUAUUUCGCCUGUCCCGUCUGUCCGGUGUGCAAUACGGGUGACUUUGCCGAUACACGCGCCUUGGACAACCAUUUGGACAGCGAGCACUCGGACAUACCCGCCAAGUGCCGACACUGCGAGGUAGUCUUUCGCACACACCGCCAACUGAGCUUGCAUCCGUGCACGCAGCGCUUGCUCGGCAGCCGGCAGAUGCCGCUGGUGGAGUGCGUGAAAUGUGAUCAGAGCUUUGAGAAUGGUGACGCUUUGGAGUUGCAUGCGCGCGACUGCCGAACUAACGAGUUGAGACAUGCGCGCCGUAGUCGCAGCCUGAGCGAUAGCUUUACAGCAACGCCUCUGACGGAAGCCGAAAUUGAGGAUAAGACGAACCAAAUACGCGAUAAUUUCUUGCGUCAGUUAUAUAUGCAAAGUCAAAAGCCAUUUUGCGCGCAGAGUUUGAUCUCGCUGCCCUCGCCGCAGCACUCAGCACACGACGAAGUGGAUUCGGCGAAUGUAAGCAAUACCGAUAUCAAAAUCGAGACAGCUGACACUGAGCCAACAGAUCAAUUGACAAGUAAUUUACUAUCACAACAGUCGCACGACUCAAAAGAUCUUGCCGAUAUACAAUCGAUACUCAACAUGACUUCGUCGUCGUCAACAUCCAAUUUUUUGAAGAACUUUGAGCAAUCGGUGAACACUCCAUCCAGCAAUUAUAGCUUGGACAAAGAUGAGGAGGAGGCGCAAGAUGUCUUCACAUCUGAGUUUCGUAAAAUGAAAUUGCGCGGCGAGUUUCCAUGCAAGCUCUGCACGGCCGUCUUUCCGAAUUUGCGUGCGCUAAAGGGUCAUAAUCGUGUACAUUUGAGCGCCGUCGGCCCAGUUGGUCCGUUCCGUUGCAAUAUGUGCCCUUACUCGAUAUGCGAUAAGGCUGCGCUGGUGCGACACAUGCGUACACAUAAUGGCGAUCGGCCUUACGAAUGUGCUGAGUGCAAUUAUGCUUUCACCACGAAGGCUAACUGCGAACGUCACUUGCGUAAUAGACAUGCGAAGACUACACGCGAUGAGGUAAAACGUGCCAUUAUAUACCAUCCAUCCGAAGACUCAACUUGCGAUGAUCCCGCCAAGAAGCUGCAUAUGUUCUCUUCGCCCGAUUUCGAUGACGAUAUGGAGUUGCAAUAUCAACAACAUCAUCCCAAAGAUCGCUCGACGCCCGUGUCGCAUCUUAAAGAAAUCUUAACCGCUGAGAGUCCACUUGCCAAACCGAUAAAGAUACAGGUUAAGAGUUUAGAGCAAUUGUUGGACAAGUCAACCGGUUCGGUCGGUAGCUACAAUGACUCGUUUGAAGAACGUACACCAGCGACGUCCAGCUUGCAACAAGGCGAGGCUGCGCCCAUCGAUUUGAGUAUGGAUGUUUUGGAUCUUAGCAAGAAACCCACAGCUAAGUCCGUCGAAAAAGAGGGCAUUGCUGCGCCAGCACCGCCAGUAACAGAAAAUGGUAUUGAUCCGGAAAAGAAACUGGAUCUAUUUUCAUAUGUGAAGGAGAAUUUAAACAUGCCAAAAAUGCUGGAACUCUGGAGUUUGUCUGCACAAUUCCCAUUCAUGCCCGACUUCGCUCCACUAAUGAAUCAGAUGUUUGGCGGCAACGCUGCUGCCAAUCCAUUUCUACCACCCGGUCUGGACUUAAAUAAAAGUAUGCAAGCUUCGGCAAACAUGGCACCACCUAUGCUACCAAAUUUGAACUCUCUAAUGGCCGAUAAGCUAAACACGCAUCCAAAUACCACAUCAGAUCCCAAUAUAAUGAAUCAAAUGUUGCCCACAUCCAUGAUGACGCCACCACCACCGAAUACCGGAAUGAAUAUGCCGCGUCACUCGCACAUUUCACCCACGGUAUUGCCAGGUGGCCCCGUCAAAAUGGUCAUAAAGAAUGGCGUACUAAUGCCCAAACAGAAGCAGCGUCGUUACCGCACCGAGCGACCCUUCGCCUGCGAGCAUUGCUCCGCGCGUUUCACGCUUCGCUCAAAUAUGGAGCGACACGUAAAGCAACAACACCCUCAGUACUACGCACAACGUCACCGUACCGGCCACCACAGCAUGCGUGGACGCGGCGCCAGCAGCUCAACGGCAAUGAACAGCAUUUCCCAUUUACAAGCGGCAAUUGCUCAAGCGCACAAUAACGCCACUCAAGCACAAGGCAACGGUCUGGGCGCUUCACCGAUAUCGGAGCAGGUCAAGUACGCGAUACUGGCGCAGCAGCUGAAGGCGCGCAAGGACACCGACUUACUGCAACAAGCCCUGGCGCACGGCUCCAGUAGCAUUGCAAAUAGCCAUCAUAUGUUGCUGAAUGCUGCUGGUGCUGCGCUCGGACCGCUCGGCCCACCAAACGGUCUCCAGUUCCCAUUCAAUCAUUUGGGUCAGCCCACAAACGUUAACGGCACCGCGGAGGAUGAUGAACCAAAAUUGAUUAUUGACGAAGAUGAAGAUGAUGACGUCGAAGAGAUACUAGACGACAACGAAGAAGAUGAAGAGUUCCAGUUCUCAAACGAACACUUCGAGAAUGUGCGCAAAUUUCAAGCGCCAGCACCCGUCGUGGCAGAAGGUAAGACAACAACCCCAACCACCAAUGAGUCAAACAAUGAGACAGCGAAGAAAGUUGCCGAAACCAUACUCGAACAGGCGAAGAAAACUGGUCAAAAACCAAAUCAAGCAACCAGCAAACCCAGCUCAAACUUUGCCGCCAAACCCACACCUACUAAGUCAGUUGCAUCAACAACAACUCCGGCAGCACCUGCGGCGCCUGUCACGCCAGCCAACACAAUGAAAGCCAUGAUCGCACAAGCCGAGUCGGUGGGCAAGUUUCUGAAAGAGGUCGCCAGUUCACCUUUCAAAGAUGAAUCGCAAGAUCUGGUGCCGGUUGCCAAACUAGUGGACAAUGCCACCAGCAACGCCGUUUCAUUCAACAAUUAUUUCCGUCCCAGCGAUGUAGCCAAUCAUAUGGAACAAAGUGACGAAGAGGGGCUGGUGGCCUCAGGCAGCGCAAGCGAAAGCAAUCACUCCGGCACCGAAGACGUAGCCGCACCAGCGGAGCCGAAAAAGAAAUCGGCCUAUAGUCUUGCGCCAAACCGUGUCUCAUGCCCCUACUGCCAACGCAUGUUCCCCUGGUCCAGCUCACUGCGACGCCAUAUACUAACACACACCGGCCAAAAACCAUUCAAAUGCUCACACUGUCCGCUGCUCUUCACCACCAAAAGCAAUUGUGAUCGACAUUUGUUGCGCAAACAUGGCGACGUAGAGUCAGCGGUGUCGGUCUAUGUGCCAACCGAAGAUGUCAACGAGCCGAUACCAGUGCCAAAAUCCGUCGAGGAGAUCGAACAACAACAGCGACAACGCGAAGAGGAAGAGCGCAAGCGCAAAGCUGAAGAGGUGAAAUUGGAGCGUGAGCGUCGUGAGAAGGAGCAGCGCUUACAGCAGGAGAAGGAACAACAAAAUAAACUCUUCAAACAAUUGGCUGUCGCACAGCUGCAACAACAGCUCAAUGUCUCAAUGAGCGCAGCCGCAAAUGCGGCCAGCAGCGCAGAGGCCGAUGCACGCGCCAAAGAGAAUCUCUCACAGCUCAACGCUGAUUUGCCAUACAAAUGUCAUUUGUGUGAGAACUCCUUCGCCGAACGCUUCAAUUGUCUGGAACACAUCAAAAAGCAGCAUGCGCCCGAGUUCACAUUGCUACUCAGCAAGGGCGCAAUCGUCAGCGAUGCCGAAGCCAACCAAACACAACUGCUCGAGGACGAGGAACGACGUGUGGGCGAAGAGGCGAACAACUUUGCGCUGCUGCCAAAACUACCGGCCUACACCAAUCGCAAAGUAAUUUGCGCCUUCUGCGUGCGUCGCUUCUGGUCCACCGAGGAUUUGCGCCGACACAUGCGCACACACUCGGGCGAACGUCCGUUUCAAUGCGAAAUCUGUUUGCGCAAAUUCACGCUGAAGCACAGCAUGCUGCGACACAUGAAAAAACAUACAAGUCGCGGACAGAAUGGAGGUGCCGGUGGCGAUGGUGCUUCGGCAAUGGCUAACAGUGGCUCGGACUUCUCGGACGAUGAACAAAUGCCGACACCAACGUCUACGUCUGCAUCUGCCUUCACCAGCGCCACUACAGCAACGACGACGACUGCGGCGAUAACAGCGACAUCUGCAACACAGCGUUCACCCAAAAUACAUGAGCUGUUGAGCAAAACCAACGAAUGGCGCAGCACUCACUUGGCUGGCGAACAAAAGGAGAAUAUUGCCGAAGAACAACCGAAUGGACUACACAACGACCUGAUCGGCAAUCUGUUGGGCAUCAGCGAUCAGGGUAUACUCAAUAAAUUGCUCUCGUCGCCCGACGAAGCGGCUAAACUGUUGGGCGUGGAGAAGUAAGCUACCGCGGCAAUGGCUGCUUGAGUGCAGUCGGGUUAAUGGAAAUACGAGAGAACUUUUUUCGAUUGCGAGUCAGCUGUAGCUGAGGCAACUAUCGGCAUUCGCUACGCUGUCUCGAUCUAGUCAAAACUCUUAACAAAAAAAUUAAAACAAAUAAGAUGUGUAUAUUUCUCAUUGUAAAAAUGAAAGUCGGCUAUAAACUUGGAGCCGUUAAGCAGCAAGGCAGCCAGCUAGCGCCAAAAUACUUAAAUUUUAAUUCAAAAAGACGCAGUGUUGCAUUUUUGCAUGCAACUUUUUGCAGUUAAAAACUAAUGGAAAAAUAUAUUGAUAGUAGAAAAGUAGCAUUGUUUGCUAUUUUUCUCAAAAAAACAUUUUUUUAUAAAUGCACCAAUUAUUAAAGAAAAUAACUAUUUAAAGAUCUUCUGCCAGCUGGCUUAAAGUUCCUAAAAUUAUUUUCUUACAAAAAUGCUUGCAAAAGUCUAUUCAUAGCAUUUUUUAUCUGGAAAAUAUUAGCGGCGCAACUACUAACGGUCAACUGGUACUCGAUCUUUGCCUUCAAACUACUACUUACGCUGUUAAAAUUAAUCGAAAAAAAUAUUUAUUAUUAUGUAACAACGAAAAAUAGACUUAAAUAUUGAUGCUGCUCUGAUAUUCAAAGCAAUUCCAACUGAAUUUUAUGUACUAGACAAUUUUCUAACAACUUUUCUCUAUAUAUACGCCACCACUGUUGCUACUUGUCAAACAAAAAUUACAUAAGCACUGUUAGCUUUUAAGCAUUACAUUAUAAUUACUUGAAUUAUUUGUAAUGAAUAUUUGUAAUUAUAACAAUUUUAAUUACUUUAAAGCACAAAAGUGCAAUUUAAUCAUAAAAAGACAAAUGUCCCCACAAAAGAUAUACCAAAGCUUUUCUAUAUAAAAACAUUGUAAAAUAUUAUUCAUAGAAAAUCGAAAGCAAAGAUUGUUGUUGCACUUUCAGCAAAACUUAUUAUAUACAAAUACAUACAUACAUAUAUAUAUAUAUAUAUAUGUAAGUCAUUUAUUGUCUCAAUUAUUGUAAUUUUACACGUUUUAAUAGACUUUUGCCUAAUUUUGAGGUUAUGCUUGACAAAACAAAAGACUUAAAUCUAAAGAGUAGCCUAGUUAAAUACAUAUUAAAUAUAUACAAAUAAGAAAUAUGAUUAAGCAACGAAUAACUGUAAAAUGCCUUCAAUACAAUUGAUAUGUACUUAAUAUAAUACCUAAUUAAAGGAAUCUAUUAUAAAUAACUAUAAAUAAUAUUAGUUUUUUUUUUUGGUUUUGAAUUAUGAAACACUUGAAUUACAAUUUUGUAAAUUUGGGUGAGGCCUUCAAACCGCAAAGUGGCUUAUAAAAUAUUAUAUUUAAAUAGUUAACAAAAACAAAAAUACAAACUUAAAGUACUUAAACUAAUGUUAAUUAAAAAGUAUUUAGCUGCAUGAAAAUAUCUAAGAAUCAAUUAAAUCUAAUAUUAAAUGUCGCUUUGUAGUUGUUAGUAUUGAUAAUAUUGAUGUUAUAUUUUCGAUUUUUGCUUUACAUGCAUGCGUAUGUAAUUUUUAUAUAUUUAUUCUAAAUUAUAAGAAGAGUGAAUUUGGAAAAUAUGGCCUUAAAUUACUCAAUAAAAAGUAAAAGUCUAAUAAAAAAAAACUAUAUACAGCAAUAACCAAAGUAUUCUUUUGUCAAAAACUUAUUAGAAUUUACAAAACCAUAUAUCUGAGGUUAUAUAAAUCAGAGUUUGAAUAAAAUAUAUAUUUAAGUUUAAGCUAAAAUUAAAUAAAUACUUGAAAUUGUAAUUUACGCAAAGAAAAACUUCAAUAAAGUACUUAAUAAAAUUAUUUGAAAAGAACG